AGAGAGUACGUAGAAGGACAGAAGUGGGCCUGACGGGGCCUUAUCAUACACCCUCAAGAUACAGGUAGUGGUGGACGCCGGCGUGCCGUUGUUGGAAGUAUUCCUGUUUUGGCCAGCUUUCUCUCUGCAGGCGUUUCAACACGUCCUCACAGUCGGAUUAAUACUUUGUGAUGGAGUUCGUAGGAGGGAAAAAAGACAAGAUAAAAAAAACAGGACUGAACCGAUAUACUCUCUACUCAUGAGGUCGAUUCAACGGUCCGUAGCGAUUUACGGUUCGCUGGUGAAAGCUUGACAGAGCCCACAAGACGAACUGAACCGCCUUUUUCCUCACCUACGUUCCCGCCGACGACCAACUCGAUGUCUCUUGCGGUGUUCCUGCCGGCCAACCCGUAACGUAGAUGGCAGAUCAUGUUAUUGUACAAGAGGGAGGGCCACACCGGCUCCGAAGUGUUGUCCCGUUCGGCACGGGCCCGGCCGUUUGCUGCUGCAUUGAGACCCAACGGCCAAUCACGUCAUGCAGAAAGAUACAGACGGGUCCCUUGUAAGCGGACGAGGUGCCCCCGUAUGUAUUGACUUGGAUUUGUAUCCAUCAAACACGUCAAAAGACAAGUUGGAUAUCACCUCAAGUGUUGCCCCCCCCCCCCCCGCGGCUUAUGAACUUUCCCAUGCUUCUCCAUGCUCUCUGCUGUCUCCGUCACCCUCCCGCGGCCUUCCAUCUUUAUCUAAGUCUCUUCUACCGGUGGGUCCCGGAACACCGGAGCCGGCAACGCGGACUUAAAUCGGCGUUACGGAAAUGCGGAAUUACGGAAUUACGUCAAUGCUGCUCACAAUCAAUGAGCCCGCCACGGAAUCGUCACUUUUUCUUCUUCUUCUCCAUACUCACCAACCCCCGUAACCGACAAGCAGCCGCGGAAGUUCCUCCUCGGACUUGAGGAAUUAUCCUUCCAUUCACUUCCGUUGUUUCUGAGCCCUCCAGAGAGGUCAGGGUGGAUGGUCAUCCCCCGUUGAGUGGGAUUGAGUUUGAGCGUCAGCAUCCCGGACGGACCGGGUCUAUCCAUCAAAUCAUAUCUGCGGGUCACGUUUUCUAUCUCGGAGAUAUUAGCCAAUGCAGUCGUCCAACAGCAAGUUCGGCGGCAAGAUCCCCAAGGCCUGCGAGCCGUGCCGGCGUCGCAAGGUCAAGUGCUCCGGUCACAAGCCCUGCCGCCAGUGCGAGAACAAGCCGUCUGACUGCGCCUACCGGCUCAAGCCGCGCGUCCGGCUGUCGACAAAGCGGGGCACGCCGGCGCCGCCCCUCCCGGUGAACGCCGAGACCGCCGCGUCGGGCAACGGCGCCGUCGUCGGCACGCCGGGCUCCGACCACGCCGGCCGCCGGGACGACCACACAGCAGCCGCCUCGCACCGGUCGGCCGAGGAGGAGGAGCGCCACCACCAGCACGUCGCGCAGACGGAGGUCUACCACAGCGUCGCCGCCGCCCACCACGCGCCCAAGUCCACCGACAGCUCGCAGCUCUUCUACGGGCCCUCGUCCAACUCGGCCUUCCUGCAGCAGAUCCACCGCGGUCUCCUGUCCGCCGGCCACCAGUACGGCCAGAACCACGUCCGGGACGUCCAGGAGGGCGGGCCCGGGCUCGACAUGUUUAUGCAACGCAACAUCUUCUUCGGCAUGCCGCUCAAGAUCAACAACCUCGAGCAGCAGCCGGCGCAGCCCGCCGCCGCCUGCUGCCCCGUCUCGCCGGCGCAGGCGGCCGAGUUCGUCCGGCAGUUCAAAAACACGCACCUAGCAACCCUGCCCUUCUUCACGCCGUGCGAGCUCGACGAGAUGCUCCCGGCGCUGUUUGUCCGCCACGGGGCCGACACUACUGCCGCCGCCGCCGCCGCCGCCGCCGUCCAGCCCCAGCGGCGGACCGUCUUCCUCGCGGCCCUCGCCCUGGGGGCGCUGAGUACGCCGCAGACCGACGCCGCCGAGUCGCUCUUCGUGCACGCCCGGAGGGAGGCCGUCGUGUACGAGGACGCCGUCACGCUGCCCAUGAUCCAGUUCUCCAUCCUCAUGGCGCACUACCAGCUGAGCAUGGGCCGUCCGAACUCGGCCUACCUGCACAACGGCACCGCGUGCCGCAAGGCCCUGGCCAUGGGCCUGCACGCGGGGACCACCGGCGCCAUCUCACGUAAAGAGGAGGUCCAGGGGAGGCUCGUGACUCUUUGGUCUCUAUACUUUCUCGAGAUUUGGCUCAGCCUGGUGGUCGGCCGGCGCAGCAUGAUGAAGAAGUCCGACUUCGACUCGUGCCCGUACCCCGACGGCCAGCCGACGCUGAUGGCGCUCUGCCAGUUCGCCAGCGUCAUCGAAGAGACCAUCGAGUCCAUCUACGACCGGAGGACCGACUCGCUCCGCCAGCUCUACAGCAAGGCCGAGAAGCUGCAUGGCCAACUCCGCCAGUACGGCGACAAAUGGGGUCUGGGGUCCUCGGCGAGCGUGCAGAGGGGGGACGCGUGGAACGCCGAGACCAGUCUUCUGCUACACAACAUCUAUUUCCACGUCAUCCUCAUCAUCUUCCGCCCCUUCUUGAUUGCCGAAGCCGCUCUCCAGUCCGGCCAAGGGUCCGUCGGCGUAGGCGACAUCUGGCUCCGGCAGGCCUGCAGACACGCGACGGACGCCGCGCAGGACGCCCUCGCUUUCACGCACAACAUGCUCCGUGGACCGGAAGAGUGCAAGACACGCCGGUACCUCGCCUUCUUCAUCGAGUCCUCCUGCGCCGUCCUCUUAUACGACAGCCUUCGCCACCCGUCGAAGCACCCGCACAACCUCGAGUUCAUCCAGACGGCCGUCUCCUGCCUCCGCGCCCUCGUCGGCGACGAGCCCGUCACCAACGCCAUUCGCUCCAUCAAGCGCAUCGUCUGGGCCGUCGAGCAGUCCAUCGACGCGUCCAAGUCGACGGCCUCCCUCAUGGACGCCGCGUCGUCCGCCGACUCGUCGCCCGCGUGGAUCCCCGACGACCACCGGUUCCCGACCAACAUCCAGUUCCCGUCGCUCGAGGAGAACCGGGGGGCCGCAGCCGGGGGCGUGACGGGCGGGGCCGCCACCGCCUCGGACGACCUCAUCUUCUUCAGCAACAGGGCGUCGUAUCGCCCGCAGCAGCCGGAGGAGCCCCUGGCGGACUACGCCAUGCCGUCCAUGCCGGGCGCGGUGAACCCCUUCUCUGACUUGAACUUUGACGUUUUAACGACGGACUUGUUCAACUUCUUCCCCGUGGACAUGAACGCCGCGCCAUCGGGGCACGGAUGAAGGGGGAGGGUUUCAGAGUCAGAGUAGAUAGAAUGGCAAUGACGGCUUACAGCUGGUUGGAGUCAUGGUGAUACAGGACACCAAGCUGUACAGUAAAUGCCUUCGUAGUCCGUACGCUAUAUAAAGAUCC